GGCAAAUAAUAGCUUAAGGCUCACCGAACACACCUUUUGGGACAGUCACACACACCAGACUUUCAGAUUGUUGAUGAUUCACAUCAUCGUCCAUGUCCACACUCUGAUCCUCGCCUCACUUGGCCCUGUGGCUUGACGUGCGAGAGCAGGCGGUCCCUGUGGCUGCAGAGGCGAUUUCUGAUUGGGCGCUGAGUCACUGGGUCCUCCGAAAUCCGCUGCUUCCACGAUCACGACAUCGACAUGAACGUGGAGGAGACAUUUUCACGCCUGUGGUAUUUGAUACCUGGACCAUUCGGAUAUUCCAAACGUCGAGCUCCCCUCGAAUCUAAUCAAUUGGAUAUUUUGAGACACCGUUAUUUCGGUCAUAUUUGAAGAGACACUGUUCUUGGAGGCACUCAUCACGCAGUGGCCUCUUCCUGCAUCCAACUGCCUCGCUGAGGCCUUACUCACAUUCGACGCUUAUCAGCCUUUCUCCCAAGACAUCCGUCCACCAUGUCUUCACAGUCACAACCCCCCGCAGACGUCUCGCAAGGGACAUCUACGCAUCGUUACGAAAGAACGCACAAGCAGCCUGAGAACCCGUUUGCUGCGCUCAUUCCGGAGCAGCAGUUUGCCAUCAUACCCGAGUUCACGCUCGAGUCGGGCAUUGUGUUGAAGAACGUGCCAGUCGCGUACACCGUACGAGGCACGCUCAACGCCAAUGGCGACAAUGCCAUGGUCAUCUGCCAUGCGUUGACUGGCAGCGCCGAUGUCAGCGACUGGUGGGGGCCCCUUCUGGGCGGACCUGGGCAGGCCUUUGACGAGACGCGCUUCUUCAUUGUCUGCAUGAACAGCCUGGGCAGCCCGUACGGCUCAGCGAGUCCGGUCACGGCAAAGGACGGCAAUCCAGAGAAUGGACACUAUGGGCCCGAGUUUCCUCUGACGACGAUCCGCGACGAUGUCAACCUCCACAAAAUGCUGCUGGACGAUCUCGGCGUGAAGCAAGUUGCCGCCGUCAUUGGAGGAUCGCUGGGCGGCAUGUUUGUGCUCGAGUGGGCGUACUUUGGCAAAGACUACAUCCGGUGUAUUGUGCCCAUUGCCACGUCGAGCAGACACAGCGCAUGGGGCAUCAGCUGGGGUGAGGCGCAGCGCCAGAGCAUCUACGCGGACCCCAAGUACGACGACGGCUACUACGCCUUUGACGAUCCGCCGUCGACUGGGCUGGGUGCCGCGCGCAUGUCGGCGCUGUUGACAUACAGGAGCCGCAACUCGUUCGAGUCGCGCUUUGGGCGGAAUAUCCCAGACCCAGCCAAGGUGCAGACCAUCAGCGGACGGGGGCGACCAGCGACGCCUGGCGAGGCGCACUUUCACAUCCACAAUGACGGCCACAUUGUGAAGCGCUCGUCCAUUUCGCGCACCAACAGCGAGAGCACGAUUGGCAAGGGCGCGGCGCUCAUUGAGCAGACCGUGUCGGCAGACCCCCAGUUCCGCGGACCCGCGUCGUCCAACGGAGGUCUGACGGGGGACGACGCCACGAUGCCGACGUCGACCUACUUCUCGGCGCAGUCGUACCUCCGGUACCAGGGGACCAAGUUUGUCAAGCGGUUCGACAGCAACUGCUACAUUGCCAUGACGCGCAAGCUGGACACGCACGACGUGUCGCGCAACCGGGCGGCGACGAUUGGCGAGGCGCUGGCGCAGAUUGAGCAGCCGACGCUGGUGCUGGGGAUCGAGAGCGACGGGCUGUUCACGUUUGCGGAGCAGCAGGAGAUUGCCGAGCACGUGAGGGAUGCGCGUCUGGAGCGCAUCGAGAGCCCCGAGGGCCACGACGCGUUCCUGCUGCAAUUUGAGCAGGUCAACCGGUACGUGCUGGGCUUUCUGAAGGAGGUGCUGCCGGACAUUAUGGGCAAGGAGGGCGUGACGCCCGAGGCGGUGUCGGUGGGCAAGCUCACAAAGUCGAGCACGUUUGGCGAGGCCGAGGUGGAGGACAUAACAGCGUGGUGAUAGUACUUGCAGCGAAUAAUUACAUAUUCAAUCUAUGUAUUAGGGUCAGUAGACUCUUUUUGACUUGA